AGUUGCUACUAAGUACUUAUACUGUAACCGUCUUCAGACUUCUUUUAAAAAAUAAAAUAGUUCUUUCAUUAUUUCAGAUUUGUUAUUUUCAUUUUUACUCUUUUGGUAUUAAAAAAUUAUUUAUUAUUAACUUAUAACGAAAUAUUGUAAUAAUACUUGAACAUAAAAUUAUCAUUUAUUUUCUAUGUUCUACGUAAAUGUUAUUGUCCAUAGUAUACGACGGAGUAACCGUCAUUCACAAUCAUGAAUAAAUAACAAUUAAAAAUCUAAUUUUUUAUUUUUUAUUCAUUUUAAUGCUAUAUUACCAGUACUGUUGUUUUCUAAACCUAUUGUUUGGCAGCAACCACUGUCCACUGUAUACAACAGAAUUACAAUAAUUAUAAUAUUUCAUAUUCGAAUCCUCGUUUAAAAUGGAACUUACAAACGAUCAAAGGAAACGUAUAGAAGAAAAUAGGAAAAAAGCAUUGCUAAUAAGACAUGAAAAAUCAAAAGCUAGAUCAACUGUACAACCUUACCAAAAACCCAUAUUACAUCAAUCAAAGAUAGAUAAAAGUCUUCAAAUAACAGUUGCCGGUCAAUCAUACGUAGACACAGAAGCUGGAUUUCUACUUAACGAGGAUGAUCUAUCAGAAAAAAAGAAACCGAUAAUAGCAUCAAUGGCAAAUCCAAUAUUAUCAAAAACUGAACAGCCUAUAUGUCUUGAAUGUAAUCACGAAUUUGGUAUUUCUUAUUUAAUGACAAAUUUUGACCAUCCUGUAUGUGAUAGAUGCAAGGAGAAAUUUGGAAAAGAAAAAUUUGAUCUAAUUACGAAGACAGAAGCUAAAAAAGAAUAUUUAUUAAAAGAUUGUGAUAUUGAUUUGCGUUCACCUCCACUUAGGUUUAUUCUGGGAAAAAAUCCACACAAUUCCAGAUGGGGUGAAAUGAAAUUAUAUCUUUUACUUCAAGUAGAAAAAAGAGCAUUAGAAGUUUGGGGUUCCGAAGAAGAAGUUGAACGACAAAUUGAAUUAAAACAAGAAAAACAAAAGGCAUCAAAGUUAAAAACAUUUAAGAAAAAAGUCAAAGAAUUAAGAAUGUCAACUAGAAGUAGUUUAUAUACCAAAGUCACAAAAGCUUCUCAUCAACAUGAAUACGAUACAGAAAUAUACAAUGAAGAAGAAGAUAAUUAUGAACGUACUUGCACUUCUUGUGGAUUUCAUGAAAUUUUUGAAAAAAUGUAAAUAAUAUUAUAAUAGCAUAAACUUCUACAAAACUACCAAUUCUAUUUAUAACUAUUAUUUUUGUAAAUUGUUCAUUAAUAUUUUUUAAUUUUGGCUUCCUCAUAUUUAUGAGCUAAAUAUUCAUAAUAAAAAAAUGUAUCAUUUAACAUA